AUGUCUACGUACGUACGUUAUUUAGCGGCGAAAAAGUGCUUCGAGGGUCUGAGUGACAGAAACACACCAAGGAGGCGCACGGCCGCAUCUAAGUGCUGCCAUACACCCGCCAUGACAGCCGCUACGCAUUUCGUCAUGACAAGUGGCGGAUGCGGAGGUGCUCACAUCACGAAGCGCCGAUACCCUGCGCGCCCUUCUGCCAUGUCGCCCGGAAGACUGCGUACAGCACCGAAGACGCCAGUGAACGUCGCGUCCAGAAGAAAGUGUCUUACCGUGGUUGCAAAUGUGGUUCCGCAGGGAGAUGCACUUCCACCGCCUGCUGUAUUCAAUGCCGUUCUUGCCACUGCAGAAAAAAAAGCGGCACAGGAUCUCAGCACUACUCUCGUCCUCGGUUUCUCGGCCGGUGCUCUCAUCGGCAUUGGCGCCUUGCUCAUGUCGUGCGUCGGCGCGUCUUCUCCUGCACUCGCCACGGCAAAUCCUGGGCUGUGCAAUUUUCUUAAAGGUGCAGUCGGCCUCCCAGCUGGACUCACGCUCGUGAUCCUCACUGGUGCUGAACUAUUCACUGGAAAUGUCAUGACAAUGUUUUCUGGUCUUCUGGCAAAGAGAAUUGAAGCCGGGGCACUUUUCCGUAAUUGGCUUCUUUCAUAUGCUGGCAACUUCAUCGGUUCCAUCGUUAUGGCAUACUUGGCUUUCGGUGCCAAAACUGCCUCUGCUCCAGCGGCGAAAGCAGCAGUAGUCGGCAUCGCCACUUCUAAAGUAUCUCUUUCUUUCGGCGUUGCGUUGUGCAAGGGGAUCUUAUGCAACUGGCUCGUUUGUCUUGCCGUGUGGGGCACGAUGGCUUCCACAUCUGUUGCUGGCAAAGUCCUUGCCAUUUUCUGGCCCAUAACUGCUUUUGUCACCCUGGGUUUUGAACACUCUGUCGCAAACAUGUUCUUGAUACCCCACGGUAUGCUCAAUGGCGCGCAAAUUACCGUGAAAGAUAUGAUGUUGAACAAUAUCUUGCCCGUUACCCUCGGGAAUGUGAUCUCCGCCGUGAUUUUUGUGGCCGGCUUGCACUUCUGGGCAUACGGUCGUCAGAACUAGUAGUAUCUCUCUCUGUCGCGUGUGAGCACACCGAUGUUGUUAAUCGUCAGUGUACGCAAAAUUCACGUGAAUGGUGUUCGUACAUCUCACUUAAGAUUUUAAAAAAAAAUUAAUAUUGGAUGA